AUGAAGAAGGCGAAGCCAGUCAAGUGUUUGCUUCUUGGGGAGUCUGGUGUAGGCAAAACUGCAUGUGUCCAGCGGUUAGUAGAGACGACAUUUGACAACAUGUAUACUGCGAGUGUUGGUGUUGAUUUCAAGAUAAAAGAGAUACCCAUUGGGGAUGAAGUUGUACGUAUCGAGUUGUGGGACACUGCUGGACAAGAACGGUUUCGUUCAAUCACCAAAACGUAUUACCGAGGCUCUGAUGCUGCUGUCGUUAUGUUUUCCUUGACCGACAAAAACUCGUUUGAUCGUAUCGCGUAUUGGCUUAACGAAAUGCAAGACUUGCAGAAACGCCCGAUAGUAGUGUUAGCGGGGAACAAGUGUGAUUUAACGUCGGAGCGGUCUGUCUUUGCGGAGGAGGUCACUGCGGCCUUUCCCGAUUUGAAGUAUUUUGAGACCUCAGCGGAGAGUGGGAAGAACAUUACCGAAGUGUUUCAAUGUUUAGCUCAAACGUAUGUUGAUCUUUUACAUAAGCCAUUAGAAGCUAAAAAGAUGCGAGAAAGCUUUCUAGUGCGGUCGUCCUCAUCGAAGUCAUUAAGUAUAGAAGAAAUCGAUAAUAUUCCCGCGGCUCCUGUUCCACUAGUGAAUGCAGACGAACCCGUGUUAUUGUCCUCUUCAUUAAAAAAGAAGAAGAAGUGCUGUUGA